CUUUCUAUUUUAUUUUCCAAAAAGAAAUAUUGUCCCUAACCUGUGUUCACCAAAGCCAACCCUUUCCUUUACCUGUGCACAUAAUUCCCACCAAAAAGGAUUAAGUUAAACAGAAAAAGAAAAAAAUUGCCCGUGGGCCGACCUUAUUUCAGCCGUCGCUCGCUGCUCAUAUUAGCUUCGAUUAGCGGCAAAAAUAGGCGUUUCUGAAGCAAAGUUAUGAUAAGCAGGAAUGUUUAAAAUUUAGUUAGCUUCCCAAGCUCUGUCCAAAAUUCGUUAGCGAAACUCUAUCUCUACAUUCAGUUUUAGGGUUCAGUCAAACUAGGGUUUGAACCUUGAACCAAACGGAGAUGUCGAAGAGAAAAUUCGGAUUCGAAGGAUUUGGAAUAAAUAAGCAAACGACGUAUAACUUCGAGCGAAAUCAAGCUCCUCAGCGACUGUACGUCCCGCCGUCGUCACGCUCCGGCGGUAGCCACGACAAUUACGAAGACACCGACUUAGAUAACAUCGAGUACGAAGAACACGAUGCGGUCGGAGAGGACAACAAAAAUGAUGGUGGAGGAGGAGGCGGCGGCGGCGCCGAAGAUGAUGAGAUUGAUCCGCUCGAUGCAUUUAUGGAAGGGAUUCAUGAGGAAAUGAAGGCGGCGCCGCCUCCGAAGCCGAAGGAGAAGCUGGAUAAGUAUAAGGAUGAUGUAGAGGAUGAUCCGAUGGAGAGUUUUUUGAGAGCGAAGAAGGAUGUAGGGUUACAAUUGGCUGCUGAAGCUCUUAACGCUGGUUAUAAUUCGGACGAGGAGGUUUAUGCUGCGGCGAAGGCUGUUGAUGCAGGAUUGGUUGAGUAUGACUCGGAUGACAAUCCUAUUGUUGUUGAUAAAAAGAAGAUUGAACCUAUUCCUGCUUUGGAACAUAGUGAGAUCGACUAUGAGGCUUUCAACAAGGACUUUUACGAGGAAAAGCCUUCUAUUUCAGGUAUGAGCGAUCCGGAAGUUAAUGAAUAUAGGUCAAGCUUGGCAAUUCGUGUAUCAGGCUUUGAUGUUCCAAGGCCUGUUAAGACAUUUGAAGACUGUGGUCUUUCUGUUGAGUUGAUGAAAGCUAUCAGUAAACAGGGAUAUGAAAAGCCUACACCAAUACAGUGUCAAGCAUUGCCAAUUGUGCUCUCUGGGAGAGAUAUUAUUGGCAUUGCUAAAACUGGGUCCGGCAAGACUGCUGCUUUUGUGCUUCCUAUGAUUGUCCACAUUAUGGAUCAGCCUGAACUUCAGAAAGAAGAAGGUCCCAUUGGAGUUAUUUGUGCACCUACUAGGGAAUUAGCACAUCAAAUAUUUGUGGAGGCAAAGAAAUUUUCUAAAUCGCAUGGUAUCCGUGUCUCUGCAGUUUAUGGAGGAAUGUCUAAGUUGGAUCAAUACAAAGAACUAAAGGCAGGAUGUGAGAUUGUUGUUGCUACUCCAGGGAGGUUGAUAGAUAUGCUUAGAAAGAAGGCAUUUACAAUGUUGAGGGCAACUUACCUAGUACUUGAUGAGGCUGAUCGGAUGUUUGACCUUGGUUUUGAGCCUCAGAUAAGGUCCAUUGUCGGUCAAAUUAGACCUGAUCGUCAAACAUUGCUCUUUUCAGCAACUAUGCCUCGCAAAGUUGAAAAGCUUGCCAGAGAAACAUUGACAGAUCCUAUAAGAGUUACCGUGGGAGAGAUUGGCAUGGCUAAUGAGGAUAUUACACAAUUAGUUCAAGUGAUUCCUUCGGAUGCUGAAAAAUUGCCUUGGCUUUUGGAAAAGCUCCCUGUACUGAUCGACAAUGGUGAUGUUCUUGUCUUUGCUUCGAAAAAGGCAACAGUGGAUGAGAUUGAAUCUCAACUGGCUCAAAAGGGGUUCAGAGUUGCAGCUCUCCAUGGUGACAAGGAUCAAGUUUCUCGUAUGGAGACACUGCAAAAGUUUAAAUCUGGCGUAUAUCAUGUUCUUAUCGCAACUGAUGUUGCUGCCCGUGGUCUUGACAUCAAAUCAAUUAAGUCAGUGGUGAACUAUGACAUAGCUAAAGACAUGGACAUGCAUGUUCACAGAAUUGGGAGAACAGGUCGUGCUGGUGACAAAGAUGGGACAGCCUACACUCUCAUUACACAGAAGGAAGCGCGUUUUGCUGGUGAACUGGUGAACAGUUUGGUUGCUGCCGGUCAAACUGUUUCCAUCGAACUAAUGGACCUUGCUAUGAAGGAUGGGAGGUUCCGGUCCAAAAGGGAUGCAAGGAAAGGAGGUGGAAAAAGGGCGAAAGGAAGGGGAGGAGGAAGCAAUAAGGGUGUACGAGGUGUGGAUUUUGGUCUAGGUAUUGGAUACAAUGCUGAAUCAAAUAACCCUCCCCAGAACGCUGCUCCAAGCCGUUCUGCAGCAGUUAAUUCCCUGAGGACAGGCAUGAUGGCACAAUUUAAAAGUAACUUUGUUGCUGCAUCAUCAAAUUCUCAAAAUCAAGGGAUGAAUAACACAGCUGGUGCGUAUCCGAACAAGGGAAUGGUCUUACAAGGCUUCGUCUCUGGUGGGACAAUAGGUGGAGAAAGUAAUGCUUCCCGUAUUAGUUCCACAUUUACUGCUGCUACACCUGGUGCAUAUUCUUCUAGUCAGCCAGCUAGAGAUGGAGCUGACCAGAAGAGUUCAGAGAGUUCAAAAGAGAGGUCUAGAGAAAGACGGAGGCCUUCUGGUUGGGAUCGUUGAUUUGCUAUUUAGGGAUACUGGAAUAAUCAACUCGUUGGCAAAUGUACUUUUCCUUUCAAAGUAAUUUUUUUUCAAGUUUUGUUUUUUCCUUCUAUGUAUCCUGUUGUUGCAUAGUUAUUUCUUUUAGAUUUAUGUACUUGUAGUCUCUGUCUAGUUAGUCUCUGAUUCCACUCCUAUGAUUUUGGUGACACAAUACCAUAGGAUAUACUUGGUUUACGCAAGGAAGGGUCAGAUUGGCGUCAACUGCGGAGCCGGUGGGGGGAGAAAUGUCAUGGUGCUUCUAAUAGGUUGUGUAAAAUGAUUAUUUCCCAAACGUGUCGUAUAUGUAGCAUUUGAUUGUUUUGAUACGUCAAAAUUGUUCUUGUAACUUUAAUCCCAUUCUGAUCCUUUGAAAAUUUUAACAUAGGGCUCCGUGAAUUAUGGAAUAGGCUCAAAUGUAAAUUAUCCACUUCGGCUGCA